AUGGUUAAUUAUUAGACAAAGACAACAAAAAAAAAUUCAGAGAAUAUAACCUAAGAUAUUUAAUGUUUUUUUUAAUGAUUAAUAAAAAUACAAAAAUUAUAGGAAAAAAUGUUGUUCUAGUUCCAUAUCGCGAGGAACACGUCCCAAAAUAGCAUAAAUGGAUGCAAUCCGAAGAACUUCAGCAGUUAACUGCUUCAGAACCACUUUCUUUGGAGGAGGAAUACGAAAUGCAAAAGUCAUGGCAAAGAGACGAAAAUAAAUGUACCUUUAUAGUUCUUUAUAAAGAAAAAUACGAAAACACUGGAGACGAAAUAGAGUCCAUGAUUGGCGACACAAAUCUAUUCUUUGCCACCCCAGAUGAUUGUAUAUGUGCCGAAGCUGAAAUUAUGGUAGCAGAACCGUGGGCUAGAAGUAGAAAAUGUGGCUGGGAAGCAAUGCUUCUUAUGUUUCUAUAUGGCAUAAAGUAUUUGAGAGUUAAACAGUUUAUUGUUAAAGUUUCUUCCGAUAAUAUCCCGAGUAUAAGCAUGUUUCAGAAAAUGGGCUUUCUUGAACUAAGCAGGAGCGAAGUAUUUCAGGAAAUCACUUUUAGUAAAUUAGUCGACAGUACUUGGAUACAAUGGAUUGAGAUUAGUUUGAAAGGAUAUGAAAUUAUUAAUAAAAGCACUAAUAUUUAAGAUAUGGGUUUAAAUAUACUGACUCAUAUGACUGAAAUUUUUAAUAGUAUUUUAUGUAAAUAACCUAUAAUGGUGUCUUUGUCUACAAUAUUAUGAGUGCCAAAUGUGGCACUGACAACCGACUUUUAAUUUCAAAAUGGAAAUCCAGUUAAAACCCAAAUAUCCACACUGUAUAAAGCAAAACUACAUGACCAGAUUAAACGUACGGGGUCUAGAGAACGAUACCGCAGACGCCCUCCGGGAGGCCAUCAAGAAGAUGACUUCCACCAAUAACUUCAAUCUCAAUCUUGGACGCUGAACAAGGCUGGACACAACUAAGAGAUGCGAUUUAUAAAACCAGCGAAGCAGUACUGGGAAAAUCCAACAAAUAGAAACAACCAGACUGGUUUAACAAAAAAGUUAAAAAGUGUCUGUUUUCUAAUGUUUUUUAUUAGUAGUACACAUUUUAAGUUUUUACUUCCUAUAAUAUAAUUCCCAUUAACGUUAAAAAGCGUUUCACUAAACAUUAUAGAAAUGUGUACGAGUUACGUUACAAAAUAUGUGCUUUAACCCUUUUUGCGCGACGACCGCAUCCUCAUCCGUAGUGUAAGUUUCUACGUUAUGUACCCUUACUUAUUUAACUGUCUAUUAUUAUAUGGCUUUCUCGGAGAUGCGAGUGAUA